AUGAUCGGCGACGGCAGCGCAGCGGCGAUGGCGGCGGACCACCUGGCGGAGUCGCUGCACGCCGUCUCUCCCGACGCCACGGUCGCGCUCGCCGCCGGCCCCACGCCGGCGCUCGUGGCGCUCGUGUCGCUGGCGGUGCUCGUGUCGUCGCUCGCGCUCUUCGUGCUUCGCCAUCGCGCCGCCUCGCUGUCCAAAGCACCAGUCGCCGCGGGGCCCGGCGGCGGCAGCAAGUACCAGCCGCUCGCUACAAAGGAUGUAGCGGCGGUGGCGGCGACGAAUGGCGAGGAGCGGAAGGGCGAGGGGGAUAAGGCAGAGCGCGACGACUCGAAGGUGGCGAUCGGCAUUCUGUUCGGCACGCAGACGGGCACGUCCGAGGGAUUCGCCAAGGUGGGCCGCGUGCACCGCGGGCGAGCCUGCAGAGCGUGCGACGAGGGGGUUGCGUGGGCGGGCAGUGCGUGGCUGCGCGAGAUGCCUUGCCCUCCCAUGCUCCCGUUCUCGCUGUCUCACUUCCCCUCUCUGCCGCCGCAACCCACCUGCCGCCUCAUCCCUUCCGCCCAAUCACCCCUCCCUGCCGUUUCACCCUCCCCCCUGCCGCCUCAAGCCCCCCCACUCCCCCGGCCGCCUCACCAUUUCCCCCUCUUUCCUCACCCGCAACCCGUGCCCCUCGUCGCCCUUACAGACACUUGUGUCAGAGCUGCAGCACCACUUCGCAUCGCACUGCACCGUGGAGCUCAGCAGCCUGCAUGCCUCACGUCGUGCUGCAUGCGCCAUCACCCCAUGGCCCCACGGCAGGAUGAUCUAGCGGAGGACAGCGAUGGCUUCACAGCGAAGCUGAAGGCCUUCCACGCCGCCUUCUUCCUCGUCGCCACCUACGGGGACGGCGAGCCAACGGACGAUGCGCAGCGCUUCUUCAAAUGGCUGCACGCCACCGCUGCUCAUGCAGAGGCUCAGGACGACAGCCCCGUGCCACUGCAGGGGCUCCGUUUUGCUGUCUUCGGGCUGGGAAAUCGGCAGUACGAGCACUUCAACCUGAUGGGCAAGAUGCUUGACAAGCACCUCGCUGCCCUCGGCGGGCAGCGCGUGGCGGAGGUGGGGUUGGGAGACGACGACCAGUGCAUCGAGGACGACUUCAAGGCCUGGCGGGCGGGGCUGUGGAAGGGCUUUGAGGCGCUCGUGCUGGGCCGGGGGGCGGGGGGCGAGGGGCAGCAGGGCGAGGGGGCAGCGGGGGAGUGGGAGGACGAGGAGGAGGAGGUGCAGGAAUAUCAAGUGCGGUUCCACAGCCGAGUGGGGCAGGCUGGGGUUGCUGGGGAGAAUGGAGAACUCAACGGGGGGUUGAAUGGGCACGUGCAUGAAGAGAUGAAUGGCAAGAUGAACGGGGAGACGAAUGGGAAGGUGAAUGGAGGAGAAAAGCAGGUGAAUGGCGUGGGGGAGCAUAAGAAUGGCGGGGAGGAGGAGGAGGAGCAGAUGAGCAUGGGGGAGGCGAUUGCUGCUGUCGGGUGGCACUCGCACAGCAUUGGCAGGGCGCGGGUGGCAGUGGUGAGGGAGCUGCAGGCGCCCAACUCAGACAGAUCCACGCUGCAUGUGGAGCUCGACCUCUCGCCCUGCCCGCAUCUGCAGUACGAGGUGGGCGACCACGUGGCAGUGUUUCCUGAGAACAGCGACGCUGACGUGGCAGCAGUGGCCAAGUGUCUGGGAUUGGACCUGGAUGACGUCAUCUCCCUGCAUCUCCCCUCGCCCUCGUCCUCCCUGCCACCGCCCCCUCCCGGCCGCCACUCCAUCCGCUCCGUGCUCGCCUCGCUGCCUGACCUCCACUCCUCGCCGCGCAAGGUCAACCUUUUUCCCUGCCUCUCUUUUGCAUUUGGUGCCCUUGCUGUGCAUUUAUAUCAGCACAGGCUCCUCCUACUUGCUGCCAGCUGUGCCAAGCAGUGUCACCCGCCCAUCCCCCUCUGCACACCUGUUGCCGCCCGUCCCUUCCCAUGCCCUAACGCGACCUCCUUCUUUCCCACUGCGCUGGCCGCGCUGCACCAGGCAGCGCUGGCAGUGUUGGCGCACUUUGCCUCCCACCCCGACGAGGCGGCACGCCUCAAGCACCUGGCCAGCGACGGAGGCAAGGCGGAGUACCGCGAGUGGGUGGCGGCGGCACACCGCUCGCUGCUGGAGGUGCUGCAGGCAUUCCCCUCUGCGCGCCCGCCCCUCGCUGUGUUCCUCGCCUCCGUUGCGCCGCGCCUGCAGCCGCGCUUCUACUCCAUCUCCUCCCACCCCAGGCACGAGCCGGGCGCACUGCACAUAACGUGUGCGGUGGUGAGGGACAUCACCCCAGCAGGCCGCAUCCACCACGGCGUCUGCUCCUCCUUCCUGCACCGCCACCUCCCCCUGCCCACCCCCGCCUCCACCUCCCCCGCCCCCUCGCCCCCCGUGCUGCUGCCGGCGUUCAUCCGCUCGUCGCACUUCCGCCCGCCCACCGACCCCACGCGCCCCAUCGUGAUGGUCGGCCCCGGCACCGGCCUCGCGCCCUUCAGAGCCUUCCUGCAGGUGCCGCCCCUCUGCUUCCACUGCCCCUCUGCUUCCACUGCCCCUCUGCUUCCACUGCCCCUCUGCUUCCACUGCCCCUCUGCUUCCACUGCCCCUCUGCUUCCACUGCCCCUCUGCUUCCACUGCCCCUCUGCUUCCACUGCCCCUCUGCUUCCACUGCCCCUCUGCUUCCACUGCCCCUCUGCCCUCCACGCCUGCCAGCUGUUAUUCCAUUGGCACGCCGCACCCCCUGGCACCGCAUGCUGUCUCUGGCCGCGUGGCAGCGAGUGGGGCAGCCAAGUCCCCACACCGCACUCCACUCUUCUUCCACGUCCUCCUCGCCUCCACCCCUCCCUUUUCACAUGCUCCCUUCCCCCUCUUUCUCUCCUCCCCUAUCCCUCCGCAGCACCGCGCGUUGCUGCAGAAGGGCGGGCAGCAGCUGGGGGAGGCGCUUCUGUUCUUUGGGACUACAUAUACCGGGAGGAGCUGGCAGCGUAUGAGGAGAGCGGCGUGCUGUCAGCGCUGCACGUGGCCUUCUCGCGAGACGGGCCCUCCAAGGUCUACGUGCAGCACCUGCUCAAGCAACAGGCGGAGAGGGUGUGGCAGGUGGUGGGGAGGCGGGGAGGCAGUGUGUACGUGUGUGGGGACGCCAAGGCCAUGGCCAGGGACGUGCACCAUGCGCUGCUCGAGGUCGCUGUGGAGCAGGGUAAGAUGGCGAAGGAGGCGGCAGUAGCAUUGUUGGAUGGUUUAGCAGAGCAGGGUAGGACCACCACCACUACCCGUGCUGUGGCGGCAAGGUGUGCUGCGAGCGCCGCCCCGGGUCGUGCUGCCGCAACCAGCGCGGAGAACCCUACUGCUGCCGCUUCCCCUCCACCUGCUGCCGCCACGGCUGCUGCAACGUCUGAACUGGCCGCCCUGCACUCUUCCACUCCCACCGCACCAUCCUGCUGCUCAAGACUCAAGCCUGCUCGCCCUCCCUGCAUGUGUGCCCUGCUCAUGCUGGGACAGUCCUCUGCCACAUGUAGAGUGCUGCAUGCUCUGCUCUCUCUGCUCCUUUAG